CAUGGUUCGCUUCGGCUUGACCGUCGUCCGGCAUGGAGAAACAAGAUACAACAAAGACAAGAUACUGCAAGGUCAAGGAGUGGAUGAGCCACUCUCUGCAACUGGUUUCAGACAAGCAGAUGCUGCUGGUUUAUUUCUCAGUAAUGUGAAGUUUACUCAUGUCUUUUCAAGUGACCUCCUUCGAGCAAAGCAGACUGCUGCCACAAUUCUAGGAAAAAAUAAGUUUUGUAAAGAUUUGGAAAUCAAGUAUGAUGCAAGACUUCGAGAGAGAAAAUAUGGUGUUGCAGAAGGAAGGCCUUUGACUGAUCUCAAGGCUAUGGCAAAGGCUGCUGGAGAGCAAUGUCCUUCCUUCACACCUUCUGGAGGGGAAACACUGGAUGAAGUAAGGGAACGUGCAAAGGAUUUUUUUGACUUUCUGUGUCACCUGGUUGUUGAAUUGGAACAGAAAGAGCAAGAUGUGCAUGUUGCAGCAAGCAGAAACUCAGAAGCAGCUGAAGGACAGUCAGUUUUCCCUUGGACAAACCACUGCAGUGAAACAGAACUUAGCCCUGAUGGAGCUUCUCAAAGAUUAGAUGCCAAUAUAUUAGUGGUGAGUCACGGAGCCUACAUGAGGAACUGGAUUGGUUAUUUUGUUUCGGAUCUCAACUGUACUUUACCAACAGAUGUAGCAAAGACUCAGUUGUCUUCUGUCAGUCCCAAUACAGGAGUUAGUCACUUCCUUGUAAAGCUUGAAAGUGGAAACUUGUUAAAACCUGAAAUCAAGUGUGUUUGUCUUAAUCAAGACUCUCACUUGGUGAAUGUGUAG